AUGCUUUUUCUGACCAUAGUGGCUGCUCUUUCGAGUCUGCUUUCGUUGACGUCUGCCGCCGCAGUUUCCACUAUAACUCAGACUUCUGAGGCCGAACCUGGACCAAUCUGCACAUUGGUGGACGGCGGUGAAACAGGUGGCACCUUCUGCAAUGUCUGGGACGGGACUGGCACGGUGACCAAUACCAACUGGGUGACCACUGUCACGCCAUGGCUCACCUCAAGUUCGACUUCUAUCUCAAAUCAAGAGCUGGGACCCACUGUUACAACUGAGCCCACAAGUGCUUCAGCAUCUCCGACUUCGACCGGUUGCGGUGAAGUUGGAACCUUCGAAAUUGAUUUCGACGAUCUACCUGUUGCCGGAAUCCCAAGCAAUGCGUCUGUCGGGCCUCCCAUCUUUAGCCCUUCCGACCACUUCUUCUGGGGCGCCAGCUGGACCUAUGGUCCUCCUCCAACCGAACUCUACCGUCCUCAGUCAGGCGAUCGCCUCGGUCAUUCAGUUUCAGGCGCUAUCAGCACAGUUGAGGGCUCUCCUCAAGCUGGUACCGUUCCAGGAAAGGGAUUCGGGGCCGGCCCCCGUAACUUCAACGACUUCUACUGGUUCCAUAUGAAUUCGGCGUAUGUUCAAUGUGACUUCUCCUCGGCCGGAGAUGCGCAGCAAUGCGACUUCACUGCCACUGCCUACCAGUAUAAUCCUGAUUUGAAAGAAGAUCGAGUCGUUUCUACUCAGCACUGGGCCCAAGUCCGCUGCAACGAACCGGUCUGUCGGCUCAACCAGAUUGUCUUUGCCGAACCCUUCAGAAACUUAUCAGCUGUCAGCUUCUACGGCGUGAUCAAUGGCAACAUCGUCGACUUCUACAUGGAUUCUGUCCAGCUAGACUGGUACAACAAUAGUUGUGAGGCAGGCCUGGCGCGGAUCUCGAGCCGCAAGUGA